UUUACUACCGGGCAAGAUGGCGGCGCCCACAUAACCGACAGCACGGAGCACGCUCAGUUUAGAAAUCAAGCUGUAUUCUUCAUGAGAAAUCAAUUUGAAAACCAAUUUAAACACCAGCUGAACUAUCGAAAGUUCUUUUCGGUCGAUCGCCUACAUUGUAUUGAUUUAUUUAUCUCGAUGCUCCACGCAUUGAUGAUGUUAUCUGCAGCUGUGAAAUGUUCACGAUCAUUCAUGUGUGUUUAGGUCUGCUGGUUAACGUUUAAAUACUGAUCAGAUGGAGCCGGAGACAAAUCACGGGGAAAUAUAAGACAAUUCAUGCUUUUAGUAACGUUAGAAGGCGGCAUCGCAGGCAUGCGGUGUGUGAAGGCACUGCAGCUCACCCUUGCGGUCGUCAAACCAGAUGCUGUGGCCCAUCCGCUCAUUCUGGAGGCUCUUCAUAAGAAGAUUCUCGAAAACUUCAUUAUAGUCAGAAAGAAGGAUCUGACGUGGAGAACAGACGAGUCAGAAAGGUUUUAUGCUGAACAUGCAGGACGUUUUUUCUAUCAAAGACUGGUUGAAUUCAUGUCAAGUGGCCCAAUGAGAGCGUACAUCCUAGCCAGGGAAGAUGCUAUCACUCACUGGAGGGGGAUGAUGGGUCCAACAAAAGUGUUUAGAGCUCGCUUCACUUCAUCAGACACCCUGCGUGGCCAAUAUGGGCUGACUGACACCAGAAACACUACUCAUGGUUCAGAUUCAGUUGAAUCUGCCAAGAGAGAGAUUUCAUUUUUCUUUCCAGAAUUCAAUGCAGAUGAGUGGAUGUUGAGGAAAGAGCCAUGUUUUAGAUUGGGACUUGCUGAAUAUAAUGAGGAGAGACAAAUUCAUACUCUCCAGGACACAUGAUGAUCACUGGUCUGAUGGUGCUUUUACAGUGCUACAGUACAUGAAUGUGACUUUCACCAGAUGUUUCAGCAUUUGAUGUUUUCUCUGCAUUGCCAUGUUACUCUUUUGUGACCACAAAAUAUCUUUACCACAGCUCAGCCAACACGAUUAUAUUCAUUUGUAUGUAUAAAUUAAUAUUUGUACUAGAUUUGUAGUAGAGGUCAAUAAAAAUCAACCUGUUUAA